CUCCGCCCACCGCUCCCAAACCUCCCGUCCAAACGGUUGAGAAGAGAGCCAGGACACAGGUGUGGGUGUGUUUGGCAUGUGCUGGAGGCGUGGUGCAGGUGCACAUGUGCCAAUUUGGGGCCGUCUAAGCUGGAGGUGGACGCAGAAUCAACAGAUUGAAAUGACAUUAAAGGCGCUGUGCAAUGUGUAAAAUGCAUAAUGAAGUCUACGAUUUGAAGCAGAAUCAACAGGUUGAAUGUAAUGUAAAUAAUCAGCAGAUGAGACAUAUACGAAAGGCACCAUGUAAAUUUUGACGAUCUGCAGCGCCUUUAUGGCGUCCGAGACACAGGACUAAUUGUGUCCUCUGUUGGAGACGGAUUUGCAUGCUUUAACUUAUGCAGCGUGACUCGCCUCGCUCUCGUACACAAACUCUUGACACACACACACAUGCAUCAACUGUUAAACGCUGCUGCGUUCUCACCUACUCACUCUCAACCCCCCCUCUGUUCCACUCUCACGCUCUUACAAUUGAAACAGACCACAUCUAUUUCCUCCUUUUCAAGCAAAUGUGGACAGGUGGAGGUUUGAUAGACUGGCCCGAACGCCAGAUAACGUAGAACAAAACCUGUGCAGAAAAAAGCCAGAAUUAAGCUCGCUAGAACAUGUGACCUAAACGGCCCAAUGGUGCUUGGAUGCUUUUUUUCCAAUUGUGGGGAACGGUUAAACUUGUCGUCUGACUAAGGGAGAAGCUUUCUGUGGGCCGCCACAACCACAAACCAAGUCUGCGACCGGUCACGGCUCUCUAGGCACUAGAAAACAGCAAGAUAAAGAUAGACGAGAGCGACUCGAGAGUGAGAGGGGGAGGGAGAAUACGUGUUGAUGUCAGCGUGUGAAUCAGCCAAAUCGCCGAAAAAAACCACAGCGACGCGUUUGCGCUCCGGCUCUUUUGCACAAGGGUAAGCAUCAGUCAACCACAGGCUGACCGCCGAUCACAAUCUCCCGUGUCUGUGAGCCAUGCACAGAAUCCAAGGACAGAACCGCCUCGCUGGACCAGCGCAGGGCGACCAUGGGUUUCAGGGGCAAAGCCGGGAGCCCUUCAAAAUUCGGGAGCAUAUCAAGUUGGAAGCGUUGGAUUCGGACGAAGACGAGGCGAGGCAGCCGUCGGGAGCCAUGGCCUCCAACAGCAUCUUCGAAAGCUUCCCGUCCUACCAGUCGUGCUUCUCCAGGGAACCUGCGCCUGGGCGACGCUUCACGCCUCCCUCGACCACCCUGAGCUCGGGGAAGAUGAAUGAGGGGUUGCCCCUGGGGGCUCAGGAGAGCAGCGGCGCCGCCCUGGUGGGCAAACUGCGUAUGGCUGACCGGAGCAUGGUGGAGGUGCUUUCCGACCACCCAGGAGAGCUGGUGCGCACCGACAGCCCCAACUUCCUCUGCUCUGUCCUGCCAACACACUGGCGCUGCAACAAGACGCUGCCCAUCGCCUUCAAGGUGGUUGCCCUCGGUGACAUCCCUGAUGGCACGCUGGUCACAGUGAUGGCCGGCAACGAUGAGAAUUACUCAGCCGAACUCCGCAAUGCUACAGCUGCCAUCAAGAACCAAGUGGCCCGUUUUAACGACCUGCGUUUCGUCGGCCGCAGCGGAAGAGGCAAGAGUUUCACUCUCACCAUCACCGUCUUCACAAACCCUCCUCAGGUGGCCACGUAUCAGAGAGCCAUAAAGAUCACUGUGGACGGACCCCGAGAACCACGACGCCACCGACAGAAGCCGGAUGAAGCGGUAAAGCCAGGCGCGUUAGCUUUCUCUGAACAGUUGCGACGAAGUGCCAUGCGGUGCAGUCCACACCACGGCCCCGCCCCCAACCCCCGCCCCGCCCUCAACACGCCCCCCUUCAGCAGCCCCGCCCACAGCCAGAUUUCCGAUUCUAGGCAGAUGCAGACGUCUCCAUCCUGGUCCUACGAGCAGUCGUACCCUUACCUGGGCCCCAUCUCCACCCCAGCGGUUCACCCCACCACGCCCAUCUCACCCAGCCGCAACGCUAUACACUGUCCAGAUCUGACGGCGUUCACCGACCCUCGUGUGGGUCUGGAGCGUUCCUUCCCGUCGCUCCCCUCGCUGCCGGACGGCCGUUUCUCGGACCCGCGCGUGCCGUACCCCACCGGAGCGUUCACGUACACGCCCACCCCCGUCACCAACGCCAUCGGCAUCGGUAUGUCGGCCAUGACAAGCCCGGCGGGCCGCUACCACACGUACUUACCCCCGGCGUACCCGGCGGGCUCCUCGCAGGCUCAGGCCGGAGCCUUCCAGGCCGGCUCGUCUCCAUAUCACCUGUACUACAGCAGCGCUGCCGGCUCCUACCAGUUCUCCAUGAUGCCGGGCGGAGGAGGAGGAGGCGGCGAGCGUUCGCCCCCGCGCAUUUUACCGCCCUGCACCAACGCCUCCACGGGCUCCGCCCUCCUGCACCCCUCUCUGCCCAAUCAGAGCGAGGUGGUGGUGGAGGCCGAGGGAAGCCACAGCAGUUCGCCGACCAGCAUGUCGGUGGAAGCCGUCUGGAGGCCGUAUUGACGCUUGAAGCGGUCGCUUGACCAAUAGGACGAGGGCAGCUGAACGAGGUGGUUUCUGAUUGGACUCAACGGACGGACUUUUGUUUUUCACGGCACAGCAUGAGACUCGUUUGUUUUCUAAAGUUGUGGAUAGUUUGUAUUAUUAUUAUUAAUAUUAUUGUUAUUGUUAUUAUUAUUACUGUUGUUCGUCUCAUUAUCACUGUACGAAGUUGUUCAUCAGCUCAACAUCAUGUUACGUCUGAAGCCAGAAACAGACUCUACUCGAACGCUUAGCCGACACAAUUUUGGUGUUAAUAAAUGCGUACAAGACUAACAGUCCAGCAAACGAUUAGAAAACAUAUUUGCAACCAUCAAGAUCACCAAAACAACAUAAAUAGGGUAUAUGCAAUACAUUCAAUAAAAUAUGAAUGCAUAUUUCCUUAUUUUUUUCAAUAAUUCAAUAUUUAAAUACUUAAAUACUUAGAUGAAUAUUGCUUCAAUUAUCAGAAAUUUAAUAAAACAAUUAUUAUAAAAAAAACAAAAACAACAUCAGUUACUUUUUUUUUUGUGCUGGGCAAUGGUUAAUCACAAUUAAUCGCAUCCAAAAUAAAAGUUUUUGGGUACGUAAUAUAUAUGUGUGUACCUGUAUAUAUAAAUACACACACAUGCAUGUAUACAUUUAAGAAAAAUGCUAUGUUUAUAUAUUAAAUAUAUUUAUAUAUAAUAUAAAUUAUAUGAAUAUAAAUAUAUAUGUAAAUAUUUCCAAAAUAUAUACUGUAUGCGUGUGUCUUUAUAUAUAUUCUUAAUAAAUAUACACAGUACACAGACAUAUAUUAUAUAAACAAAAACUUUUAUUUUGGAUGCAAUUAAUUGCAAUUAAUUGUUUGAACAGCAAUAUGUUAUAUGCCAUAAAUUUCAAAUAAUUAAUCAAAUAUAAUGCAUUUUAUGCUUUUUGCUUGUUGCAUUUUAAUGAUUGCUUAUUGUUUUAUUUCUGCUUUUGACAAUAAUUUAGUAUUUAAAUAAUUAUUAAUAACUAUUAAUAUUGCGUCAGUUAUCAGGCACUUAAAAAUAGUUAAUAUCAGAAAACUAUAUCAGUUGAUCUCCAAUUAGUAUCUAAUUUAAGUAACUGAUAUAAAAAUGCAAAAUAACUUUACAUAAAUAAAAUGCAUUAUAAAUAUUUUUUAAUUAUUUUAUUUUUUAUUGAAGUCUGAUUGUUUUAUUGCCACUUUGUGACAAUAAUAUUUUAAUUUUUAAAGAAUAAAUAUUGAUUUAGUUGUCUGACACUUAAUGUAAAUAAUAAAUAUCAGUUGAAUUUUAUAUAAUAUUGCAUUCAGGUAACUGAUAUGAACAUGCAAAAUAGCUUUGCAUAAAUAUAAUGCUAUAGGCCAAAAAUGUAAAAUGUAAAAAAAAAAAAAAAAUCACAAUGCAUUUUGUAGUCUAAUGAUUAUUUGUUCUUUUUCUGCUUUUUCAUAAUAAUACAUAAAUAUUAAAAUAUUAUAAAAUAUAAUCUAAAAAAUAAGUCAGAUAUUGGCUGAGUCAUCAGACGUAAUAAAAAUAAUAUCAGAAAACAAUAUCAGUCAAUCUCUAUUUAGUAUUGCAUUCAGAAUAUGAUACAAACACGUCAGCUAACUUUAAGUUGCUCUUCUGUAGUUGACCAUUGAAGAAGAACAUUUAUGCUAAUGUCCAUUUGUGAUGUUGUGCAUUGCAUUCUGACACAUUUCUGAAUGUAAUGAUGCAUGAAUUGAUGUUGUGUAGCUGGAGCAGUUUGUGUAGGGUCUGUUUCGGCUCUAAUACUUGAUGUGAUCUGAAUGAAGAAUCCAAAUGCUCAGUAAGUUCCCGGCCUGCUGUUUCUUUCCCGUUUCACUGUGUUUCCUGCAGUGGAAGUGAAGAAAGCGAAGCCUCUGCCGGCAGCGAUUUGCUCUUAAGAGCUUCAACAGACUUCUGACUCUUUACAUUUCCAGGUUUACGAGACUUCGCCCGGUCACUGCCUUUCACGCUCGUUCUCUCCGCUAGAUUUACAGCGCAACACGCUCUCUGCGAAUUCAAGCUUUCCGACUGAUGCGCUCGCGUCACGGUUUGCCGGUCGGCUGGAUGGGAGAUGGGAGAAUCAUGGACCGGAUUUUUAUGUAAAUAGAUUGUAAAAGACUCGGGCGGUUUGAUCGCCUCACACACUCGACACGGUUCUCAACUUCCACAGUUGUCAAACGAGCAAAACCUUUUGAAAUGCAGCUUCAUUUUUUUCCUUUUUGUCCCUUUUCAACAUUUCUUUGGAGAAUAUAACACUUUGUUGUGAAGAAAUUGCUUAUUUCUA